AUGGUCAGCCCGGUGGUUAGCCAGGUCCGCUUGGCUAAAGUACUCUUCGACGGCGACAGCGCCCUCGACAUCAUCUUCCCCAGCAUGUUGGAGAGCAUGGGCUACGACAUGACCUCCCUGGUCCCAUCCGACCAGGCCUUCUAUAGCAUCAUCCCCGGAGCCACCUUGCUGGUCAUCUUCGGCACCCGCGACAACUACUGCACCGAGUACAUCAACUUCGAGGUCGCCGAGUUCGAGACCUGCUAUCACGCCAUCCUGGGAAGACCCUCCCUCACCAAGUUCAUGGCGAUCCCCAACCACAAAUAUCUUCUCCUGAAGAUGCCAGCUCCAAAGGGGGUUCUCUCGGUCUACGGAGGUCUGCAAACCUCAUACGCGUGCGAGACCAAGAACAUCGAGCUCUCCGACACCCUGGAAUGA